AUGAAAGUAAUAUACAAAUUACUUAAGGCUAUUGAGGAAGAUAGACCCUACUGGUCUUUCGAAUACUUCCCUCCAAAAACCCAGCAGGCGGUGCAAAAUCUCUAUGAUCGUAUGGAACGGAUGUAUAGACUGGGGCCCGAAUUUAUCGAUAUAACAUGGAACGCUGGCGGAGGCUCGUCGCAUUUGACAACAGAAAUUACUGCAAUAGCACAGUCGGUGUACGGAUUGGAGACGAUUAUGCAUCUGACUUGUACCAAUAUGCCAAAAGAAAAGAUUGAAAAAGCUCUCAAGGAUGCAAAGGAAGCCGGAUGUCAGAAUAUUCUUGCUCUUCGUGGCGAUCCACCCCGUGGACAGGAGCAAUGGGAAGCAUGCGAGAAUGGCUUCUCCUAUGCCGUAGAUCUAGUCAAGUACAUUAGAGAACAAUACGGAGAUUAUUUCGGCAUUUGCGUAGCUGGUUAUUGUGAAGGUCAUACUGAUAAUCCGGAUAAGGAAGACGAUCUACGCCGAUUGAAGGAGAAGGUGGACGCGGGUGCAGACUUUAUUAUCACUCAACUGUUCUUUGACGUAGAUCUGUUCUUAGAGUGGGUAAAGAAAUGCCGUGCGAUUGGCAUCACCUGUCCAAUAAUUCCAGGCAUUAUUCCCAUUCAGAACUAUGCUGGUUUUAAAAGAAUUAUUGCUCUGUGCAAGACCAUUGUUCCUCAAUAUAUCUUGGAAGAUUUGGAACCUAUCAAGGAGGAUGAUGCAGCCGUAAAAGAAUACGGUAUAAAACUGACUGUGGAAAUGAUAAAGAAGAUGUAUGCCCAUGGAAUCAAGGGCUAUCAUUUUUAUACUAUGAAUUUAGAGAGAUCAACCAGAUUAAUUCUCGAGAAGUUAAACUUUGUGCCACCUAUAGAAAAAGCCAAGCCGUUGCCUUGGGUUCCAAGUCUGGCUGCAAAACGCAAAAAAGAAAACGUACGGCCAAUAUUCUGGCGAAACCGAACGAAAAGUUAUAUCGCGCGUACUGAAGCCUGGGAUGAAUUUCCUAAUGGCAGAUGGGCUUUUGGAGAACUAGGUGGCUAUGGAAUAUCACUGAAGCAUACGAAACAGGAAGCGAUUGAUCUAUGGGGAGAUCCACAAACAAUUACAGACAUUUUUGAUCUCUUCGUUCAAUACUGCAAUGGAGAAUUGCAAGCAUUGCCGUGGUCUGAUCAAGCAUUGGCAGAGGAGUCGAGUGUCAUAAAGGACAAUUUGGUAUACAUUAAUUCAUUAGGCUAUCUGACAAUAAAUUCUCAGCCCGCCGUCAAUGGUGUUCGUAGUGAUCACAAGGUUUUCGGAUGGGGGCCUAAGAAUGGUUAUGUGUAUCAGAAGGCUUAUCUCGAAUUUUUCGUGGCACCAGCAAAGAUUGAUGCGCUGAUAGCAAGAAUAGAGUGUGAUCCUAAUAUAACUUAUUAUGCCGUAAACAAACAGGGUGACCUAAAGACAAACACUCAAAGUGAUGGCCCCAAUGCUGUUACGUGGGGUGUAUUUCCGGGUAAAGAAAUAGUACAACCAACAAUUGUCGAAGCCGUUAGCUUCAUGGCAUGGAAGGACGAAGCUUUUGACCUCUGGAGCGAAUGGUCGAAAUUAUAUGAAGAGGGUUCCGGGUCUGCAAAGUUAAUUAGUGACAUUGCGGAAAACUGGUAUUUGAUCAACAUAGUGCAUAAUAAUUUCCAUGAUAAGGACAGUAUUUUUGAAAUUUUUGAGAAAGAUGACGGAUUAGAUGAUGAUUUAGUUAAUGCUGGUCGCUAG